UGAAAUUGUGUCCUGAAACCUAUGGCUUGCAGCUUGGCAAUCCACGUAUAUAUAAUUUCUUUCCUAUACCACCACGUUCACUUGAAUUUCCUCUCGCCGUGCUUCUGGAAAUUAUGGCACAUUUUGAUACAAACCAUCCAGCUGGAUCGAAAUUUACGGAUCCUUUUGGGGAUGACAGUCGAGAAAAACCCUUUGACGGUUUAGAUGGAAUAAUACAAGACGAUACCACGACUUUCGCAACGACUACGAGCGGAAUUCCUGCACUGGACCCUUCAUCGUCCUCGCGUAGUGCUGGUCAAACAGAGGCACAAUCUCUCAUCUUCAAUUAUCGACGUACAAAGUCGCCUCUCCUACCAAGUCGGCAGCCUACACCGUCGUUGUCUGAAAGAAACACACCAGUUUUCGGCGACUUGAGUGUCCCAUAUAAGGACGAAGACUCCUAUUCAACACGUCCAUCGUCUGUCGUCGGCCAAUCAGACGACCACCUGAUGCAUAAUGCUGCAGAUAUGGGACGCUCAGACAGCUAUCAGGACUUGGAAUACGCAGAACCAUUGGAUGAGAGCUCGAAGCUUGCCGCAGACCGCGCAUCUCCGUUUCAGAAGGCUCUUGGGCUGAACACGGGCAAGUACCCUAUGGAUCAGCGGAUCGAGGACAAGAAGAGGGGUAUCGGACGGCAAAAGUAUCCUGUGAUUGUAUGGGCCCUAACAAUCAUCAUGAUUGGCGUUUUCAUCAAUGAGCUAGUGGUGAAUAGCAGAGCACAAGGUACCCCGGUAUCUUUCAAGCCAGUCGUAAACCCCAUGCUUGGGCCGUCAGAAAGUGCAUUGAUUAAUCUAGGUGCUCGUUUCCCACCAUGCAUGAAAGUUGUUCAAGGACUCCCUUUAACCACUCAAAUGGCUUGCCUCAAUGAUACCGCAAACCCGCCAGAUCGGCUUUGUUCGAUCGAGGACGUAUGCGGUUUUGGUGGCUUUCAAGGCGGCGAGCCCAAUCAGUGGUUCAGAUUCAUCACUGCCAUCUUCCUGCAUGCAGGAUUCAUCCACAUCAUCCUCAACAUGCUCGCCCAGUUGACAAUAUCCGCUCAAAUAGAGCGUGAAAUGGGUUCCGCUGGUUUUUUCAUAACUUAUUUCGCGGCCGGGAUCUUUGGUAACGUGUUGGGCGGUAACUUUUCACUGGUCGGCGCACCUUCACUAGGUGCCAGUGGUGCCAUCUUUGGUACAGUCGCGGUUACAUGGGUGGAUCUUUUCGCUCACUGGCAAUAUCAAUACCGACCUCGUAAAAAGCUCGCCAUCAUGACAGUGGAACUGCUGUUUGGUAUCGCUCUUGGGUAUAUACCUUAUGUGGAUAACUUUGCUCACCUGGGAGGCUUGUGUAUGGGUCUCCUCGUUGGCACAACCCUGUACCCCGUAAUCAGUCCAACGAAGCGCCAUAAACUCAUCAUGUGGGCUUUCCGGCUGGCAGCCAUACCAUUGGCAAUCGUCCUCUUCGUUGUCCUGAUUCGGAACUUCUAUACUUCAGAUCCAUAUGCAGCGUGCUCGGGCUGCAGGUACCUGUCAUGUAUACCUACUGCAUCUAACAAUUAUUGUCAAGGUACAGGCUUUACGACCACUGGCGGGUCGAGUAUUUAAAUGUACACCUUCCGAUCUCAUACUAGGACAUUAACUUCGUGGACUGCAUCAUCACUUUAUGCAUAUCAAUGACCAAUGGACAGUAAGACUACUCUGAUAAUUUGGCCCACUCCCCAGUGAUGAUUAUGAGUGCCUGGAUAUUGCACAUUAUAUCAUGUAUUCGCAACUAGUGUGGCAAUUACUGUAAUAACAAUUAUUUCGCGACGGGAA